AUGACACAUACGAAAUCCACAAGUCUACAUGAAUCUUCCACAUCAGUUACAUUUGCCGUCACUACACCCGACAACGAUGACUCUUCUUCCUUUUACACGCCUAAUUCGUCCCGGCCAGCAUCACUAUAUUCUUCUCCCACUCCUACUCCUUCACCCUCGACUUCUCCAAAAACCUGCACAUUCUUUUCAUCUUUACAAUCGCUUCGUAAAUCACAGCCGAAACUCAAUGGCGACAUUAAUAAUUCAGAUAUAACUUGGAAGGCAUUCAUAUACAUGUACGCUCGAGGAAUGUUUGAUCCGUUGAGCAUUCCCAAAAAACCUGGGAGGAUGGGCAAUGGAAAACUAUUGACAAAGAGGAAUAGCUGUCCAGAAGUUUUGGAUUUGAGUGAAGAAAAUAUUGAUAUAAUAACUAAAAGUUGUAAACUUGAAAAACGCAAAACCACAGAAUUCCUUAGCGUAAGAGAGGAUAUCAGUGUCACAGAGAGCAAAAGAAGGGACCACGGAAAGGAAUAUGAUAUUGGGAAAAUUUGGGAAAAAAUAAUGAACGAAAGUCGUAACAUAACCACAGAAGCGGAUGAAGACAUAGAGGAUGAAGAAAUGGAAUAUCUAGAGCCGCCCAUGCCACCGGACGAAAAUGAACGACGCAGAGCACUCUGGCGCUUCCAAAUCCUCAAUACGCCUCCAGAUGAAAAUUUUAAUCGCAUUGUCUCACUCGCCCAAGAUCACUUCAAAGUACGGAACGCGUCCAUUUGUCUGGUCAACACAGACUGCCAAUGGUAUAAAGCCAGACAUGAAUCCGAGUUCUGGCAAACUAGUCGUGCUUUGAGUUUCUCAGGCCACGCUAUCCUACAAAAGGAUGGCGAGCCUCUAGUUGUACAAGACGCCACAUUGGAUUGGCGAUUCAAAAAAAACCCACUAGUACUGGGACCGCCAUAUAUUCGAUUCUAUGCCGGGGCUGCAUUGCGCACUAAAGAAGGUUAUAACAUAGGAACGCUGUGCUUAGUUGACGACGUCCCGAGACACGAUUUUGACGAGGAAGCUCGAGAAAAGUUGAAGGAAUUUUCAAAAAUAGUAAUCAGAGAGUUGGAAUUAUGGUCGGACAAAAUUCGUCUAGCAGCGCGCAAUAAAAUGCUACAAUCCAUUGCCGAGUUUAGCAAGUUCAGCCUCGUCCACAUAAAAGCUCAACUGGAAUCUUCCUCCAAGCACAAAUCCCCAUGGUCUCCAUCUCCAGAAGCAUUCACACCGUUCGAUGAUCCCGUAAUUCAAAAAUGCUUUGACCUUGCCGUGAAACUCAUGCGAGAAACUCUCGAUGUCGAUGCCGUGUAUUUGCUCGAAAUGCCUUCACUGUAUCAUUUCGUCACAACACGCAUGGGGAGUGAAUUCGCGUUAGAGUGGAACGACUCGGUCGAAGCGGGAGAGAAACGAAAACCGUAUUUGAGAUUUCUUGCAUCUACUGGACUGGAACUUCCUCCUCACACACUCACGACAGAGGCGACAACAGAGUUUCUUUUACAUGUUAUGCACACUCAUGAACAGGGUUACAUAUUCCAAAAUGCCCUACCACCAAUUCCUGCAUUAUUUCCGUCGAACAUGCAAUCAGGCAUCGUCGUUCCAGUCUACGGCAGCUCGAAUCGUGCUUUUGGCUUUAUAAUCGCAUUAACCAAAGACCGAUUACGGCAGUUCGACGAUGAAGACAGAGUAUACCUUGGAGAUUUUGGUGUAAACAUUGCGAGUGAAGUCUUGAAAAGAAGAGUCAUCGUAGCGGAUAGGGCAAAAAGUGUCUUUGUCAGUUCGAUAAGUCACGAAUUGCGCACGCCGUUGCAUUGUAUCCUGGGAAGUUGUGAGUUGUUGGACGAUAGUCAGCUAUCGGAUACGCAGAGAGAAUUACUGUGCACGAUUCAAGGAUGUGGGGCAAACUUGAUUUCGAUUGUCAAUAGCGUGUUGGAAUAUGCAAAGUUGGAUGGCGAGCAUGAUCCAAUGACAGAAAUGGCGUCAAACAGUCCAACGACAUCCCCACCCGAAGAUUGUUCGCCAGAUUUCCCGACAUCGAGUUACGUUACAAGCGCUACUGGACAUGCUCCUAUUAUAUCGGUCCCUCCAGUCGUCACAAAUUCGCCUUGCAAGCUGCGCCCGGUCAAUCUAAUCAGACUCCUUGAAGACGUUGCUGAGGCUUGUGUCGUCGGGCAACAAAUGCUCUCUGUCAUUUACAAUAAACCAAUUUCCGAGUCCAAUCUCCCAACGAACGCAAGAAGGAGAAGUUUAAUGACACUGUUGAAUAGUAAUCACCGUGAAGGUAGGUGCGAAGGCGAUAAUAACGUCGAACUGUGUCUGGAUGUGGAGAAGAGAGAGCACGGCUGGAAUGUUCUUGCUGACGACGGGAGUGUUAUUGGUAAUGCACUAAAAUUCACUACCAAAGGUUACGUCCAUCUAUCUCUGGCUUCCGUCCCAGUACAACCAUCCCCUGAUAAAGGUUCCUCUUCGUCAAAUCGCAUCAGAGUCCUUUUUACGAUAACGGAUACCGGUCAUGGUAUAUCUCCCCAAUUUCUCACGACAGAGCUAUUUCAACCUUUUUCCCAAGAGGAUUCCCUCAGAGUCGGUACUGGAUUAGGGCUGAGUAUUGUCCGAUCGCUAGUCGAGAAGUUGAAUGGGGAAUUGGAUGUCAAGAGUACGUUGGGAAUCGGAACUAGCGUGAAAAUAUGGCUGGAUUUUGAAGAAACUAGACAAAACCUGGAUGAAAAGGAUGACGAGGCAGAGAAGACGUUAAGGGAGCAAUUCUAUGACAGUAUGAAAAACCAUACAGUAGUAUUUAAAGGAUUUCCGGAUAAAUUCCAAGAAGUGUUUGAAAGAUAUUUCACAACUUGGUUCAAUGUUAAGAAAAUCAUCACGGACAACUCUUCAUUAGUCAACAAACCUGAUCCCCAUAUAAUCCUAAUCAAUGAUGACCUCGACGUUUUAACAAAGCUUAUGUCGUCCUUUACAAACGCAUAUAAACGACGCUCGUCCUUUUCACGGACACGGGAGAGAAGUGGUUCACGUCCAAUGGUCAUUUUCAUUACGACGCUUGCAAAACAUGCGCAAGUUUCACGCGCUAUCAAGGAUACGCAGCUGCAAGUGGAGUCUCUCGAGAAGUUGCAGGAUGGAUUCGAUGAAACUUCAACGAGAAAAUGGAUCGUGGUGGUCGUUCCGACGCCCAUUGGGCCGAACAAGAUUGAACAAGCCGUUCUCAAUUGUUUUAGAAUGGCCAAGUCAGAGGAACGUGUGGUCUCUCAAAUAAAAACUACUCAAUCUAGUCCAGGGCCUUCCGAUCCAGUUUCUGAUAACAUGUCAACGACGUCGUCUAAUACAUCAUUACCAUCUAAUCCACAGCCUGUGACAAAUCAUCCUUCCGAAUCGUCUUCCGAGUUUCGAUAUGAUGUUCCGGCUCAGCCAGCACGUCAGCCUCCAAAUACUUGUUUACCAAAAGUUCUGACCGCAUCAACUUCUGUUCAAAAACGUGCGCAGAUCAAUUUAACUGGGACUGCUAGCGCAUCACAAAGUCCGAGAGUUUUAAUAGUUGAGGACAAUGCGGUCAAUAGAAUGAUAAUUGCAAAGUUUUUGAAAAAGAUAGGCGUAGAAUAUGAGGAAGCCGAGAACGGUGCAGUGGGAGUGGAGAGGUUUCGAAAGAGAAUGGAAGAAGAAACGACUCUAAGUAGUAGUGGGAAAGUUGUAAAGAAGGGGUUCGACAUUAUAUUUAUGGAUAUCCAAAUGCCGGUAAUGAACGGUAACAUAGCAACGUCCGAAAUACGUAGAAUCGAAAAAGAAAUCUUCGAUCGAAGAAAUAAACGAGUUAAACGUAUUUUUGGCUUCCCCAUUCCCAUAAUGUUUUCACAAUUUCCCAGAAGUCGCUCCUACGCAUAUGAGAGUCGAUCUCUCAUUUUUGCGCUAACGGGUCUGGCAAGCGAAGAGGAUAAAUUAUUGGCAUUCGAGAGUGGAGUUGAUGAUUUUUUGACCAAACCAGUUAGUUUAAAAUUGUUGGAGAAAGCGCUGGAAAAAUGGACAGAAAGAAAAGAAAAUGAGAAUAAAGAGGAGAAAGCAAGAAUGGCAGAGGAGGAGGAUAUUAAAAGGAAGAGAGAGAAGGACAAGAAGAAAAAGGACUAUAGGAUUGUCUGUGUUAUUGGGUAA